UCCUGCUUCUGAGAACUGAACAGCAACAAACAUGGCAACUCUCCUCCGCAGACUCGCAGGUCGCAGGUGCUCGUCGGGGCCGUGGAAUGGAGUGAUUCUGCGGGAAACGCACAGCCGAACGUCCGCUCUGGUCCCCCGGGGCGGAUCGCCGCUGCUGCUGGCCGGCGACGGCCGCCCUCUGCCGGCGUGCUGUCGCGCACACAGCCGCGGGCAGCACACGCAGGCGGCCGGUCCGGUGGAGGUGGAUGUGAAGCGGUUAGAGGGGGAAGACAAGGGCAUAGUGGAGGUGUUGUUGUGCCGACACAAGAAAAAAAACGCUCUGGGCUACGUGUUUGUGUCACAGAUGAAAAAUCUGGUGUCCACUCUGUCCUGUGACUCAGCCGCUCUCGUGGUCGUCUUCAGGAGUUUGGUGCCGGGUGUUUUCUGUGCAGGUGCAGACCUGAAGGAGAGGGCCGGGAUGAACCACGCCGAGUCCGAUCUGUUUGUUCACGGCCUGCGAUCGCUCAUGACUGAGAUAGCUUCAUUGCCCAUGCCGACCAUCGCGGCGAUGGACGGCGUCGCCCUGGGAGGCGGGCUGGAGCUGGCCAUGGCCUGUGACCUCCGCACUGCCGCGUACACUGCACAGAUGGGUCUGAUUGAGACGACGCGGGGGCUGCUCCCGGGGGCGGGGGGCACUCAGCGGCUGCCGCGGACGAUCGGCAUCACUCUGGCCAAAGAGCUCAUCUUCACAGGUAAGCGUGUGGGAGGACAGACGGCUCUGGAGAUCGGGCUCGUGAACAGAGCUGUUGAACAGAACCAGAGCGGAGACGCUGCGUACGCAGAGGCGCUCAGCCUGGCCAGAGAGAUACUGCCCCAGGCUCCCAUCGCUGUGCGGUUGGCAAAAGAGGCGGUGAACAGAGGCAUUGAGGUCGACAUCAGUGCAGCGAUGGCGAUAGAGAGGAUGUGUUACACUCGGGUCAUCUCCACGCGGGACAGACAGGAGGGAAUGGCUGCCUUCCUAGAGAAGAGACCCCCGCGCUACACUGGGGAAUAAACUCUUUCGCACUAUUGAAUUCUCUCUCACAGACUCGGAUAUAAAACCUCAUGUCUGGUAGACAAUUAACACCCAUUGAUUUGGUGUGUGCAUCCCAGCCACUGUGUCGAUACACCAGCGGAGGUCAGCACCAGUGUUUUGUGACGUUCAGGAUCAGACUGACGGAGGGUGACUUUUAUGGAAGCCACCGUGAUGAGAAAUGAUUCUCAAGACAAUGAGUUAACAUCUGAAAAUGAGAAUCUUUCUCAAAAUAAUGACUCGGUAUCUCAAAGUAAUGAGAUACUGAGUCAAAAUAUUGAGAAUGUGUCAAAUUUUUUUGAGAGAGCCGACAAAAUCAUUAUUUUAGGAAACAGAUACAAAAUCAAAAUAUUGAGAAUAUGUGGUUAUUUGGAGAUGCUGACUCAUUAUUUGGAGAUAGUUCCUCCUUAUGUCUCAUUGCUACUUCCAUAGAUUUUAACGUUCAAUUCACACAUUCCGUACUUCUUCAUGUCAUCUUUGGAAUAAAAAGACAAAUCACACAAAGUGUCAUCUCCAGUUUAUGGGAAUGAACAUUCUUUAUUUCCAAACAUGAUAACGUGACUCAGCAGCAACAUGGCACAGUCCUAACAGACGCACAGGAUCUUCUACUUUUUAUAUCUUCCAUCUUGAAUUAAACCGACACUGGCCGAUGUUCGGAGGCUCGACUAAACAAUCCGACGCAUCAGGAGCAACAGAACUACACACAGAUUCUGCUGCUCUCUGCCUUUGUUGAAGCCGAUGAGAUCAGCUCAUGCACGACUAGCAAGCUCAUACGACAAUCGAUGCACAGAAAACAAUAAUUCACUGAGCAGAUGAGGUGAUGUGUGUUUUGCUGACAGCUGUUUUUUUAGUACCAUUAAGUAGCCCAAUAUCGUAUCUCUAUGUCCAACGAGUCGUAUCGGGACUGAAUCAGGGUUUGACAGCAGUUUUAUAAGCAACAUUAGUUUAGUUUGGAUUGCAUAGAGGAGGAUGUUGGGGCCUGAAUGAGAGAGAAUGUGGGCUCAACGGUCAGCUGCUCUGGACAGUGGAAGUGUACCUGGUUGGAUACUAAUGUUUCCACUCAUGAAUAUUUCCCAUAUAUCUCCGUUUACUUUGUUCUUAAUCAUAAUUCUCAGAUGAACAAUGGAACACGCAGUAUAAUAAUUUCCAUGCAACCAAUACUGAACAACCCGACGUCCUGUUUCUCUCUCAUUUUCUAUUAUGUACAAAUCACAUCCACGUUUAUUGAUUUUAAAGAUGCAGCUACAGACGUACUUACACACGCAUGCUCACACCGAAGCGCUGUCUCAGAAUGUGACACGCAUAUGAAAGCACAGCGAACAUACGCAUAUAUACAAAGAGAAAACACAGCUGUGACUCCAUAAUACACGUGUAAAUAUGUCACCACUAUACUGACCAAAAAUCAUUAUUGCCAUUCGUGUCCAGAGGGGACGCUUGAACUCUACUCUGGAUCUUCUGAUUUAGCGGCUGCCAAAUGUUGAGGAAAGUAAAUAAACUGGAGCUUCUCAAAGAGAUGCGUUUAGUUAAGGUUUUCAUCUUUAACAUUUGGAACAUUUGAACCCAGUGAACACCGCCCUCAGGCGAGUGUCCCGUCGCAUCAAAUCAAAGGCAUUAGCUGGUAAAAAGGACUAAAUAAAGAGGAGCGCAGCAGCAGUAUUGAGGACCCAGAGGCGGGACCCUCAAACUGAGAUUUGCACGUGAGCACUGAAAGGUUUUUUUCAUUAUUUUGGUAUUAAAAUCUUAACUGACCACCAGUUCUCAUAAUUAAAUAAUUUUUUUCAAUCACAAGAAACAAACAAAAGAAAAU